GGCCAGGCAGAUCGAUCAGACACCGCACGUGAAACAUGGUGGCGCUGAGCUUUCGCCGAGCCACCAUGCACAUGCACAGAGCCCAACAAUAAUGCUAAGACAUAAAUGCCCCCACCGCUAUCACCGACGCCUCUCUGAUCAACGCGCCAGUAACGAAUGUCAGUCCCUCCAUUAUUCAAGGGUAUUCCCGUCCCAAGCGUCCCAGUUCUCUUCUACUUCUAGGGCUUUGUUCCCAAAAUAUAUAUAGGAUUCCACGUUCCUCCGUGACUCUUCUCUCUUUUGCUAAAAAUACACAACCAUUUUUCUUUUGCUAUUUUUUUUUUUAAAAAAAAAAAAUUCAGAAAGCAAGUCUAAUAUUCAUUUACAAGUAAACACAACUUUUCUAAUAGGAAAGAAAGAGUAGAAGAGAAAGGAAGAAAAAUCUCUCCGUCUCUCCCUCCCUCUCCGUCUCUCUUUCUCUUGUUGAGAUAUACCACUGGAACGAAAAAGGAGGACAAAAAGUCAAGAUUUGAGUGUUGCACCGUCCUUCUCUUACUUUCUCGGACCGAUUUUCGCUCUCAUAUACAGUUUUGAAGAAGCAAAAGUAUCCUACCUUGAACCGUAUCUUAAAAACUGUUAAGCUGGUUUUUUGGUUCUCUUUCUGGGUUUGUAUAGUUUGUUGUCGUUGUGGUGGUGGGAGUGGUGGUUAGAGAUGCCGGAGAAGGCAGUGAAUUCGCUUUCUUUCAAUCCAUUGAUACCAAGGUCGAGUCCGUUGCUUCAUUGGCGUUUUGGGGUGCUGACGGCUCUGGUUUUUGUUGGGAUGGUCGUUGUUUGGAGCGUAGAUGGGUGCACCAUAAAGAGCUUUCUCGAAGCUUGGAAGUUCAGGCAAGAUUACAUUAUCAUGAAGCUAAACACUCGCCCGGUUAAUCUCACCCAAACCUAUCAGAUUUUGCCACUUAACACCUCGAACAACCUAGCUAAUCCGACUCAGAAACAGAACGAUACGACCCACCUUGAUUUUCCCCCUUUUCAACCGCUUCCUGUUCAGAAUCCAGUUGGUAUUCCUCAAAAACCAGCCCCGAAUCCAAUGCAGCACAUAGCUUUGCGAAAUUUGAGCUGGGUUUCAGCUGAAUUGGAGCGCAACUUGACCUCCAAUCUUCUCGCCAGGUGGUUAGCUCCAGGAGGUGAACCUUGUAGGGAUUCCAAGACAGUGCAGAUUGCUAUUCCUGGUUUGGAUGGUGGGAACUUGAUCGAUUUGUCAGCUGGUGAAAUCCAUGAAUUUGGUUUUCAAUCGCUGGAUGAGUCUGGGAAUCCUCGCUGUUUAGGUGGGGAUUACUUUGAGACUGAUCUUUCAGGGGAUUCUUGGAAAUCAAGGCCAUUAGUCAAAGAUUUUGGUAAUGGAUCUUAUUCUAUUUCGCUUCAGGUUCAUCCGGAUUUUUCUGGGGAAUACAAUCUCACGCUGAUCCUGCUCUACAGGCACUUUGAGGGUCUAAAGUUUUCGCCUUGGCGGUUUGCAUUUGACCGAGAGCUUCGCAAGAUUCCAAUCAGGUUUUACAAAGCGUCAGGAAAGUUGCAUGAGCUACAAACUUGUAAAGAAUCUGAUUUUAGCAGGGAAAUUUGGUCUGGGAGGUGGACUCGGCUUGAUAAGAAUGAUGAUUGCCAAAUUGGUAACGAUGGUCGGUACCGGUGCCUAGCGCCUGACUUUCCAUGCCGGAGUCCAUGGUGUAGCGGGUCAUUGGGACUGUUAGAGAGUAAUGGUUGGGUCUACUCGGCACAUUGUACGUUUAGAUUGUUUUUUGCUGAUUCUGCUUGGAAUUGCUUGAACAAUCGCUGGAUUUUCUUCUGGGGCGAUUCCAAUCACGUUGACACAAUAAGAAACAUGCUCAAUUUUGUUUUAGAUUUGCCUGCGAUUCCGUCAGUUCCAAGGCGGUUUGAUAUGAACUUCUCCAACCCGAAAGACCCAACUCAAUCAGUUAGAAUAACUAGCAUUUUCAAUGGGCAUUGGAAUGAGACGGGGAAUUAUGAAGGUUUGAAUUCGUUGCAGGAUGAAGGAUUUAGGAAUUUGUUACAAAAGUACUUUUCAGAAGACACGGUUCCAGACUCUGUGAUCAUGAACUCUGGAUUACAUGACGGUGUGAAAUGGAGAAAUUUAAGAGCAUUCUCUGCUGGGGCAGAUUAUGCAGCUUCGUUUUGGGCAGGGGUUAUGGAGUCGGUGAAGCGGAGGGGGUUGGCUGCGCCGAAGGUUUUUUACAGGACCACUGUGGCGACCGGCGGAUAUGCUCGGUCAUUGGCAUUUAAUCCCAAUAAGAUGGAGACGUUUAAUUGGGUAUUGUUGGAGAAAUUAAAGAAAGCUGGGGUGGUUUCUGGCGUGAUUGAUAACUUUGAUAUGACUUUUCCUUGGCAUUUUGAUAACCGGUGCAAUGAUGGUGUGCAUUAUGGCCGCGCUCCGGCAAAGAUGAAGUGGAGGGAUGGCCAAAUUGGGCACCAGUAUUUUGUAGACCUCAUGUUAGGCCAUGUGUUGCUUAAUGCACUUUGCACAGGAUAGCCAGUUAUAGAAAGGUUUGUGUUGACAUGUGCAGUGGAUGAAUUUUGCCGCUCUUCCUUGGGAGGUGGAGCUCCGGACAGUGGUGGAUAGAGAGAGUGCGAAUUUCCGGUGGUUUAUAUCUUUGAGCAAAAGGAAAAAUGGAUUGGAGGCCAUCAUUGCUGCUAGAAUGCAGAUAUGCAAUUUCGCUGGUGCUUGGAGGAAAAAGUAUGAGGUAGUGAGUUCUAUAUAUUGCUUCAUAUAUUUCAUUAGAUUAGAUGGCAUUCUUUAUUUGUUUAUAAACUUCCAUUUGAAUUUAGAUAACAUAUGGUUGCCAGGCUUGUAGAGUUUGAGGGAUCCUUGAGUGUCAGGAUUAGAAAAUAUCAGUGUUGGUAAUAUCACAAGGUAUAGCACAUUUCUGGUGCCUGCUUUGCCUUUUCUCUUACCUUAUUAUCUGCUUGAACUGCAUCAAAACUAGCAUAAUUUAUGCUGGUUUUUUUUUUAUCGAUAAAUAUAUAGUUGGGGGCAA